AUGAGUCGUUUAUUUAGAACAAAAUCCUGUAAUUCAAGCAGCUCCCAAACCAGUAUAAGCCAACUUCCAGAAAUAGUUAAUGAAGAACAUUUUGAAUAUGAUUCCAGUAGCAAAGAACAAUUAGACUUUAGAGAUUGGAAUAUACCUAAAGUCCCAAGUCAAAAAAUCUAUAAGAAACAUUGGUUGCCUUCUAGUUUUAAUAGCACAACCCAUGUUAAAACAGUUGAACAAGUGUAUGCCUUGAGUAAAGAACAUGAAACCUGUCAGUUGCUUAAUCUCGAGUCUAUUAAGAAACAUAAAACUGAUGGAAACAACUUCCUGCAUAUUGGCCUAGUUCAAGUUGCUGUUAAACCCCUAACCAGAUUAGGGUUAAAAGCCUCUAUUUUCCUUGGUUUACGAGAUGCUAGAUUCACUGAGUUUAGCGACAGUUGCUUAGGAGUCAUUGAGUCCAGUUUGUGUAAUGGCCCAGUUCAUUUCGAUUGCUAUCCAGAUUUUACUGUAAGUCUUAGUGAUCCUCACAUACUAAAGACUUUAACUUUGAAUAUUAAGACUGAAGGUUACAAUGUCCUCCCAGGAACCCAACCUUUAGCCUUAGUCUACAGAAUUUACUAUAAGGUUACAGGCACCAAUAUGAACUUCCAAGCCCUUAAUAAAAGCCCAAAAGACCAAACUGUUCUAAUACAGAGUCACACGCCAGACGCCCGAGUCCAAGUUCCGCAAACCAUUAAGUGGUCAGAAGUUGCCCUGCCAAAAGAAUGGACUUUAGUCACUGAAAGCCAACCAGCUCCCAUACAGCGUAGUCUAAACAAUCUAGACUACAUUCAACAAUAUUUAGACGGCACAGUAAAAAUUAGAUUUGACAAUCAGCCACUAAAGAAGUCUAAUGUCCAGUUGCAACAAUUACCGACCCCUGGUCAAUCCCAGAGGCAUGCCCCUGCUAGGCGCUCUUUUGCAGCCUCAUCUUCCACUUUAGAACGAGACCUAGAGUUAGAAAAAGCCAUGAUUGACUUUAAGCUUGAGUCCCUGAGAAAAUCCUCUCAGGUAAACCAACCUUGUUAUGGCAAGGCACCAGUCCAAGAAGAUAAGUCUGAUUCGCCUGAGUCUCCCACACAGUCUGAUUUCUUAGUUGAUAAUUUUGCAGCAGUUGAUAACCAACUUAGAACCCUUAAUAAGAAAUUUGAAAUUAAUUGGAAACGUUUAAAUUCCCAUCUUAAGUCUCCAGAAAACCAGAAUAGACGAGAUAGUUAUCACCAAGCCUAUCUUGAUAGUGAAAGCCGACAAAAAAUCUUUACUGAAUGGAAAGAUUAUAUGCGGUCAGCCAAAGUUGAAAUUUUCUACCUUGAUUUUAUUGAAAGCCGUUACUUGACUAGUGAAUUAAAAACCCUCACCAAAGAAAAAUGGAAAUUAAUAGACCGAUCAGAAAUUGAAGCUAGUCAUCCCCCAGUUGAAACCAUUGUUAUCAGCCAUAGGAAUACUCUCAUACCUGCCAGUCCCUUCAAAACUUAUGAAAAUGAUGAUGAAAGUAAAAGGAUAAUUGAGCAAAACAAUUAUACCAACCAGAGUCUAAUUGUCAUAGGAAAGCAGUUAGAUACAAUUGAAACAAAAAUCGAUAAGAUAAGUUCCCCAGAAAUUAAGUCCAAAACAAAAGUUGAAAAGCCGAUAGUUCAGUUCCAGGAUCUUCAGUCAAGCCCUAAGCUUAAAAUCAAACCAACGAUGAAGAAAAUUGAAGAAAUGCUAGAACAGUUGACCCCAAGUAAAGCCGAAAAAUCUGGUCUUAAAACACUAGAUUCCUUUGCAAACCCCACUGAGUCUGAUCCUGAGUCAAUAGAUUCCGAAAUUAGUAACAUUUCAAAAAUUGAAAAUGCUUUCAAAAACUUAGAAGUCCAAGUUGAACCCAGAGUCAAAAAAUUAGAAAAACAUAUAAGCCCUACCAGUUUAACUAGAAAUUGGUACCCAAGGCCAACACCCCCAGACAUUCAAUUUGAAGAAAGAAACCUCCAAACCCAGUUCUCGGUUUCCUCGGAUAAAAUGUAUGAAUGGAACAUUGAUGGUCUUUCUGAGCAAGAAAUCUUUAAUAAGCUACAACACAUGUCCAUGGUUGCUAAUAGUUAUAUCACCAAUCACAGUUUCAGACAGUCUGAAAUUGUACCCCUGUUAGUCACUGGAUUUACUGGUACUCUCAGGUAUUGGUGGGAUAAGCACUUAACCCCUGAGUCAAAAAGUUUGAUCAUUCAUGCUGUAAAACUUAAUGAAGACGGCCUCCCUAUAUUUGAUGAGCAAAUAGGUCAAGGUAUAGAAGACGGAGUCAACACUUUGCUUUACACAAUAAUUGAGCAUUUCAUUGGAACCCCUAGUCAUACCACUGCCAGGAUACAUGAUCAGUUGAGCAAUCUUAGAUGCCCUAAGUUAUCUGAUUUCAGAUGGUAUAAAGAUGUCUUCAUUUCUAGAGUUAUGCUUAGAGAUGAUAGUAAUCAACCAUUCUAG